AUGGCACAGAGAGGAUGGCGGAGCAUUGCAGCGCCGCUGCUCUUCCUCAACCUGCUCAUGUACGCUGUCGUGCUCGUCUUCUCCAGCUGGAACCUCAACAACUUCAUCGAUGGCCAAACCCGCCACCCUGGUAACCAGGAACUAUCCCCACCUUGUCCUCUUCCCCACCGGCGGCUAUGGAGGACUCCUCUUAUCUGAUCUGAUCCUUGACGGUGCAGAUAUCGCCGGGAACAGCGCGACCUUCUACUUCCUGCUCUUCGCCAUUCUUGCCGGCGUUCUCGGACUCGCUUCAAAGCUCGCCGGCGCCAACCAUGUCCGGUCCUGGCGGAGCGACAGCCUCGCCGCCGCAGCCUCCUCAGCUCUGGUGGCGUGGGCCGUCACGGCAUUGGCUUUCGGGUGAGGACAUGCCAAACCCUCUCUCUCUCUCUCUCUCUCUCUCUCUCUCUCUCUCUCUCUCUCUCUCUCUCUAAAGUAGGGUUUCAGGAUGGCCUGCAAGGAGAUUCACAUCGGUGGCUACCGAGGAUGGAGGAUGAGGGUGCUGGAGGGCUUCGUUAUUGCUGUGACCUUCACCCAACUUCUGUACCUCGCGGUGGUUCACGCCGGCAUCUACAGAAGCCAGUACGGCCCCGGAUACCGGAGCUCUUCUUACGGCACCGCCGCCGGCGAGCCCACCGAUCCGGCCGCCCCCAAAGGCGGGCCCACCGCCACCGGCGCUAGGGUUUAA